AUGACCGCAGAAGUAUCACAUAUACUCCCACCGGACUACCAUUUAAAAGAGGCAGAGCCUGAGCACUGUCCUGGCCCAGAGUCCGAGGCAGCCGGUCAAGGCGAUGCGUGCAACGGAUGUGCCAACAAAGAAAUCUGCGAGAGUUUGCCGAAGGGUCCUGACCCAGAUAUCCCUUUGAUAACGGAAAAUUUGGCACAAAUCGAACAUAAAAUUUUGGUCUUGUCCGGCAAGGGAGGCGUGGGAAAAUCAACAUUUACAUCUAUGCUAUGUUGGGCUUUGUCAUCAGACGAAGACUUGCAAAUAGGAGCCAUGGAUCUCGAUAUUUGCGGACCGUCACUGCCUCGCAUGCUAGGGUGCACCAAGGAAAGCGUGCAUGAGUCCAAUACAGGUUGGUCACCAGUGUACGUUGCAGACAAUCUGGCGACAAUGUCCAUCCAAUACAUGCUUCCAGAAGACGAUUCGGCCAUCAUAUGGCGAGGCUCCAAAAAAAACGCAUUGAUCAAGAAAUUCUUGAAGGACGUCGAUUGGGAUGCUCUGGAUUAUCUGAUAGUAGAUACUCCACCAGGUACCUCUGACGAACACAUCUCAAUUAAUAAAUUUAUGAAUGAGUCCGGUAUUGACGGGGCUUUAGUGGUCACAACUCCACAAGAGGUCGCCCUGCUUGAUGUGCGCAAAGAGAUCGACUUUUGUCGAAAGGCAGGUAUCAAAGUGUUGGGACUUGUCGAAAAUAUGAGCGGAUUUGUAUGUCCAAACUGCAAAGGCCAGUCUCAAAUUUUCAAGCCAACUACAGGCGGAGGCGAGAGGCUCUGUGAAGAGCUUAAGAUUCCCUUCUUCGGAUCAGUUCCGCUCGACCCUAGAGUAGGAAAAUCUUGCGAUGAGGGAAGAAGCUUUUUAGAUGAGCAUCCAGACAGCCCAGCAUCGCUGGCGAUCCUCAAUGUUGUGGAACGCCUACGCGACUCUGUAGGUGAUAUAUAA